AUGGCCAAAAGCAAAAACCAUACCAAUCAUAAUCAAAAUCGAAAGGAUCAUCGUAAUGGAAUAAAGCGACCGAAAUCGCAACGAUUUCCAUCAUUAACUGGAGUUGAUCCAAAAUAUGUUCGUAAUUUAAAAUUUACCAAACAUCAUAAUCAUGUUGCACGUAAAAAUUUACUUAAAUCACGAAAAGUUAAAUUAGCUAGUGCUGAAGGUUCAAAAAGCAAAGUAUUUGUACGUGGACCUGCUCGUCAAAUAGAACAAAAACCAUCAGUAUGGUCAAUUUCAUCACUAUUAAAAAAUAUUACAACUUAUUUUACUGGAGAAACAACAGCACAGCCAACAAAAAAACGUACAAAACGUGUACAUCCAAAAAAAAAUCUUUCCAAUUUACGUGUACUUGAAGUUCGAGAAAAUUUGCUCAAAACGUUACCAGAUUCACUUGUACAAUUACCUAAACUUGAAUCACUUGAUUUGGGUUCAAAUGUUAUUGAACAACUUCCAAAUCAUAUGGGUAAUUUACAAUCAUUAAAAGAAUUAUGGUUAGAUUCCAAUGAAUUACAUGAAUUACCAAAUGAUAUUGGUCAAUUAAAACGUUUACAAUGUUUAGAUGUAUCAGAAAAUAAAUUAACUUUUUUACCAAAUGAGAUUGGAGAUUUAGAAUCAUUAACUAAUUUUGAAGCAUCAUCAAAUCAAAUUGAACAAUUACCAUCAACAAUUGGUCAGCUUAAACAACGUUUAUUAAUAUUAAAAAUUAACUCGAACAGUUUAACAAAAUUAUGUGACGAAAUUGGACAAUGUUUAGCAUUAACAGAAUUAAUAUUAACUGAAAAUGCAUUAACAGAACUUCCAAUAUCAAUUGGAAAUUUAAAAAAAUUAACAAAUUUAAAUGUUGAUCGUAAUCAAUUAACGCAUUUACCUGUCGAAAUUGCUGGAUGUGAAUCAUUAGGUAUGCUUGGUUUACGUGAUAACCGUUUAACACAGAUACCAUCAGAAUUAUCGAAAUUAAAACAUUUACAUGUUCUUGAUUUAUCAGGAAAUCGUUUAUUAAAUUUACCAUGUACAUUACUUGAAUGUGAUUUAAAAGCCAUAUGGUUAGCAGAAAAUCAAGCACAACCAAUGUUAAAAUUUGCAACAGAUAUUGACUCCACAACCGGUGAAAAAGUACUCACCUGUUAUUUACUACCACAACAACAAUAUACAACAUCAUCAAUGGAAAAUCUUCUAAAUGUUUCAAAAUCUCAAAAUCUCAAUAGUGAAUCAGCAAAGAUACCUUCAAUAUCCACACCCUCUUAUCCAGAACAUGAUGAAUACAAGUCUCAAUCACCAAUUGAUGAUCGACAUGAACGUACUGGUUCAGUUAAAUUUGCUGAUCAAUCAGAUGAAGGAAAAGAAAGCUCAUUACAACGUCAUAAUACUCCCCAUCCAAAAGAUUUACGUACAUGGAGAAAUAAAAUUGCUAAAAAAUUUCAUGCUACAGAUGGAAAUUUACUUCAUCAUGAUCAUCAUCCAUAUCAACCAAAUGCUCAUAAACAUGGACAAAAAGAUUCAACACAAGUUUCUAUAUCAUCAGGUCAAUCAAUUUCAUCAACAAAUCAACAAAAUAAAAUUAUUACAGAUUCAAAUAUGAUACAAGAAUCAAUUGCUUAUGUUCCACCUGAAAUAUCAACUGAUAAUCAUGAUUCAGAUGAUGAGCGCGAAGAAAAUGCCGGUGAACACGUACAUUAUAUUGAAAAACAUGUUGAAUUUACAGAUGAUUUAAAUAAUGAUGAAGAAAAUACGAGAGAUCAUCAACAUCAACAAAAACUUCAUCGACGUGAUACACCACAUCAUUUGAAAAAUAAACGUAUUAUUAAUAAAAAUAAUGAUUCAAUUGCAUUUGAUCAAAUUAUGUCACAUAGCUCGACCAAAUCAUCGCUAACAAGUCCAGGAAAAGAGUCGAGAUCAUCAUCUAUUCAAACAAAUACUCGUCCAAUGACAAUUCAUCAAGAACAAUUAACACUUAUUAUUCGUCGUUCACCAAAUACUGGUCUUGGCAUAAGUAUUGCUGGUGGUAUUGGUUCAACUCCUUUUAAAGAUAAUGAUUAUGGAAUAUUUUUAACAAAAAUUAAUGAAGAAGGACCAGCAGGUCAAGCUGGUUUACUUGUUGGUGAUAAACUUUUAUCUGUUAAUGGAAUUUCAUUAAUAAAUUGUGAACAUAGUGAAGCUGUAUCUGCUUUAAAAAAAGCCGGUGAUAAUAUUGAAAUGGUUGUUAUACGUGAAAUUUUGCAAUCAUCAGAUGAUUAUAAUGAAAAUAAUUUUAUAAAGGAAGGUGAAAAGUUUUCUACAAUUAUUCAACGUGAUGAAAAACAAGGUGGACAUUUUGGUUUUUCAAUUGCUGGUGGAACUCAAACAUCAACAAUAAAAGCAAAUGAAAAUUUAUAUAUAUCAAAAAUAAAUAAUCAAGAUAAAAGUUCAUCAUUAGCUGUUGGUGAUCGUCUUUUAUCUAUAAAUGGUCGUGAUACAGGAAAUAUAACUCAUGAUCAAGCUAUUGAUAUUAUUAAUAAUGGUGGAAAUAAUAUUGAAUUAGUUCUCUAUCGAGAAAAAUACACUAAUGGAAAUCAAAAUAUAAUAACAACAAGUAUUGAUAAUACAAUUGAGGAAGCACAUGUUGCUAAAGGUAAUGGUCCAAUGGGGUUAAGUAUUGUUGGUGGAAUUGAUCAAGCAUGUCCGCCAUUUGGAAUGAAACAACGUGGUGUAUUUGUUUCCAAAAUUCUUCCAAAUGGUUCAGCUUCUCGCACAAAUCUUCGUAUUGGUGAUCGAAUAUUAAAAGUAAAUAAUCGUGAUGUAUCACAAGCAACACAUUUAGAAGCUGUAGAAGCACUUUUACAACCAACUAGUGAAGUUGUUUUACUUGUACAUCAUGAUCCACAACCAUUAGGAUUAAAAGAAGUAACAUUAGCAAGACAAACAGGUGAACCACUUGGUAUUCGAAUAAACGGUGGUGUUGAAGGAAAACGUGUUAAUCCAGAUGAUCCAGAAGAUGAUGGAAUAUUUGUUACUGAAGUAAAAGAUGGUAGUCCAGCAUCGGGUAUUCUCACUGUUGGUACACGAAUUCUUGAGAAAUCAAUAUCGGCAAAUAGUAAUCCAUCAUUAUUAACAAUACCAAUUGAUGAUACAAGAAGAGAUUAUUGGGAAACAAAUCUUGAUGAUAUUACACAUUUAAAUGAAACAUCUUCAUUUAAUAAAUCAUCUAAAAAACAAAAAUCUUCCCAAUUAAAUGAAUAUAAAAGAAAAAAAAAUCAUCAUCAACAUCGAAACAAAAAUGUAACAAAAUCAUGUGGUUUAUCAAAAUUAUUUCGUAAGAAAAAGAAAAAAAAGAAAGACAAAAAAGAAUUAACAAUCACACAACAAAUUUCUUUACCAAUUAUUACAUCUAAAGAUUUGAUUUCAACAUCACUUCCAGAAACAUCUUUAUUUUCAUCAAACGAUAUUAAACCAAUACCUCCACUAGAAGAAUCUUCAAUUACUUCAACACAAGUAACAACAAACAAUAUUGAAUCAAUACCUUUACCAGAAGAAUUCCCAACUAUUUCAACACAAAUCACAACAAACAAUAGCAAAUCAAUACUUUUAUCAGAAGAACCUUCAACUAUUGCAACACAAGUAACAAUAGAACGUCAACCAUCAUGUAAAUCUUUAUCUCUAUUAUUUGAUUCUUCAUCGCCCAUUUCAACACCUAAAUCAUCAAUGAUUGAAUCGAAUACAUCAUCAUCAAGUUAUCAUCUUAACUCAAGUUUAGAUUAUAGUGAAGAUUCUCUGAAAGAAGAUAUUCUUGAAAAAGAUGAUUGCCCUUAUUGUUCCAGUGAAAGUCUAUCAUCAAUUAAAAAUGAUUUUGAUGAUAAUAAUAACAAUAGUUUAGAAGAAAUUUCUGAUCAUUCAUUAAAUUUUUCAUAUGCUAAGGAAAUGUAUUUAUCCUCAACUAGUUCAAUAAAUGAAGAAUGUGAUUUAUCAAUUCUAUCAUCUGAAGAAUAUGCUUCAAUAGAUGAAACAAAACAAUUAAAUUUAAAUGAAUUUAAUGAAAUUAUUUAUACUAUUCAUUCAACAGUUGAUGAUAAUAAAAAUAAUAAUAAUAAUAAUCAACGAGAUGAAAUACUUGAUGCAUUAGCAUCAUCAUUACAACAUGUUGCACAAGAAACAUCUUCUGGUUUACAAAAUAAUGAAGAAGAAGUUCCAGCUAUUAGAAAUAUACCUGAACAAGCACCAGGACUUGAUCAGAUUUUUGUUCGAGCUGUUAAUAAUCAAAGUUUAUUUGGUGCUCGAUUAGAUGAUGCUCAAAAAUGGCUUAGCGUACCAACUGACACAAUUAAUUUAUUAAUUUGUCAUGGAUUUAAACCUAAAGAAACAAAUACUUUAAUUAGUCCAACGAAAUCAUCAAAACAAAUCGAUACUAGUCGAUCAUCAUUAACACAACAAUCUAAUUCACCAAUACCACCAAUAAGACAUAAUGGUAUAUCGUCAUCUCAUCAUACUUCACAUUCACCAAAAGUAACAAAUCCUGUUUAUGGAAAUACAAAUACUAAACAACAACAACUAUCACCUCAACCACCACCUGUUCCUAUUAAACCAAAAUAUCGAACACCAAAUACACAAUUUGUGCCGAUCAAUGGUGAUAAUCAUAAACAAAGAAAUGUGCAAUCCCAAAAUGGUUUUGAAAUUGAUGAAUCUGAUUUCUCGGUAACAGAAUCAGAACGAUCAUUUAACGAUAAGAAAAAAUUUUUUGAAAGUGGUUUCAAAGAUUCUGGACCUAAACCGAAACCUCGACAAUUUAAAUAUAUUAAUGAACAUGAAUUAUUACAAAUGAAACAAGAAGAAGAACAAAAAGUCAAAUCGAUGAGUCCAACUGAAUUACUUCAAUCUCGAACACUCUAUACUGGUGAUAUAAAUGAUUCUGAACUUAUGCAAACAACAUUAUCUCAAUAUCAAACACCAAAUUAUCUUGCUAAACCAGAAGAAGAUCAAACAGAUGAUGAUAUUAUUCAACAACAACAACAAUCACGAAAAUUACCAUCGACUACAGGAAUGCAUUCAUUUGAACGGGAUAGUACUUCUGCUCAUACAAUGCUUUCGUAA